AUGAAGGUGGCGGUGAUCGGAGCUGGGAUCAACGGUCUGAUUUCUGCUUAUGUUGUAGCCAAAGCUGGAGUAGAGGUGGUGUUGUUUGAGAAGGAAGAGUACUUAGGCAGCCAUCAUUUUAGAACAAUAAAUUUUGAUGGCUUUGAUUUGGACCUCGGCAUCAUGCUCUUCAAUCCAGUAAGACAUCCAAAUACAAUGGCAUUGUUAGAGGAUUUAGGAGUUGAAGUGGAAGAAGCAUCAAAUAUGUCAUUCUCGAUAAGUAUAGACAAAGGAAGAGGCUAUGAAUGGGGCACUCAAAAUGGUGUUUCAAGUCUUUUUGCGCAAAAAAAGAAUAUUCUUGACCCAUCUUUUUGGCAAAUGAUUCGAGAAAUAUCCAAAUUUAACGACGAAGUUACCGAAUAUCUUAAAGCAAUGGAAAACAAUGAAGGAUUGGAACAAAAUGAAACGUUGGGACAAUUUCUGAAGUCAAGGCACUAUUCCAAUGUUUUUCAAACUGCUUACCUUCUUCCGAUGUGUUGUUCCAUUUGGUUAAACCCUAUAGAAAAAGUUGUCAACUUUUCAGCUGUCUCAGUGUUUUCGUAUCUUCAACAUCAUUUUCUGCUUCAGUUAUUUGGUCAUCCACAAUGGCUUACUGUCAAAUCGAGUUCGAAUGCUUAUCUAAAGAAGCUACAAAAAGCACUUGAGAGUGCAGGAUGUCAAAUAAGAACUUGCUCCAAAGUUAAUUCCAUCUCAACUACCAAAGAUGGAUGCAUUGUAAGCUAUGGGCUCCAUUGUGAAGAAAUAUUUGAUCAAUGUGUGAUAGCAACUGAUGCCUAUGAUGCAUUAAGCAUAUUAGGAAAUGAAGCAACACAGGAAGAAACAAGAGUACUUGGGGCUUUCCAUUACGUUUUUAGAUAUGAUUCUCGUCUCGAAACUAAAUGA